AUGGCGUCUUCUGAUAAAGAUGAAAAUCAAAAAUUAUACGAUAUUCUUUUAAAAUAUGGAUUAACACGGUUUGAUCCCUCGUUUGAACAGAACCAAAUCGUCUCGAUAAAACGAUUUGAAGUUUGCUGUAAAGUAGAUUUGCCACCGAGAAGAGAUUAUAACAAAGAAUCUAUGAAUGUUGAUACUUCUGAUCUCAUGGACGUGCUGAAGAUCAUCACUAGGUCUGGAUACUCGUUCUUUACUCGGUCGAAACCCUUUGAUUUCUUCAAGGAAGACUACUCGUUCAAGUUCUCCCAAACUUCGGUGACAUAUGAUGAUUCCAUCAGAGUCACUGUACAGUUUGCUACUACGAAGUCGGGAAACGUGACUAUGAAGGGAUUCAUGAAAUCCAUGACUAAAACUCUGAAUGGAAUUCUGAUCAGAGAUGUACUUGAAGCAGAGUGUAUCUUCUCGACUCGUCCAUUCACAAGAAUUAAUCUAACAGAUAAUUCCUCUCGUGAUCUGAUUGAGAGCAGCUUGACUGCUGCUACUUCGUCUGCUUCUGUUCAAGUAAUUGGUCAAGUUUCAGAAGGAAUCCAUGAUAAUAUUGAGAUCAUUUCGAAUCCAAAACGAGUAGAAAAGACAAGAGGCACUGUGAUCAUGAAUACUGAGACACCGAGUGAAGAUUCUGAUAUAAUUAUUAUCCCAAUUUCGACUCCGACUGCUAAUUCCAAGUCUGUAACUUCUGAAUCUUGUGUAACCACCGUCGUUCGUAACAAUAACAAUAUUCCAGCAGAAAAUCAGACUCGCAAGGAAGUAAAUCGGAUCAGUCAAGGCAAAAAACAGAACAUGACCACUGGACGAUCCCGUGGUACUGGAAAUGAGUCUUCGACGACUACUGUUUGUGAUGAGGGCACCGUAGCAGAUGGAAGAGCGGAAAGAGGAGACAGCCAGAUAUCGAAUGAAACAAGGGAAAAAACUGUCGUUUCCAGAAAAAGAAUGCGAGUGAUGAAUUGCGGGGAUGGAUUUACAGAACCCUUUGGAACGAAUGAAUUCUCUGUUGUGAAUGUGAUCGACAAACACGCGUGUAGUGAGCCGAGUCGGGUUUUUGCUAGAAUUUUGCGAAGUUCUGGGGUAAAAGGACGUUUCGAGCUUCACGAUGUCAGAAAACUUCCCUUCAAACAGGUCAAAAUUAUGUAUGGUUUCAAGGUAUUUGAAGAGGAUGACAUCAAAAUGUUGAAUGAGAAGAUUGGUGAAGGUUUCGAUUGGAGGAACUCUUUUUCGGAAGAAGUUAUGGGUGGUGCUCAUUGGUUCUUUUGGAGAAAAAUAUCAGUCGAGGAAGUGGUGAAUGCAUUCGCGAUGAAUCUUUUACACGGAAUCGAUAACUCUAUUCGCAUGCCAUAUUCGAUUUGUGACGUCGUUGAAGAGGAUAUACGGAAACUGUUGAGACAAAAACCAGAUGCUGGAAAAAUCUUGGUGAAGAAACUCAAAGAAAAGAUGUUUCAUUCGACAGCAAAACAUUUUGAGAAGAUGUUGUGA